AGUGUCUUCCCCAGCAGUGACCAUGGUGGUGGGAUGGCCCGCAUCGAUAUUGUCACCAUCAGUAGCGACGAUGAUGCCGAUCAUAUCAAUAUUGUUGGCAAUGCUGAUAGUGCUCUUAAAUCCGUCCCGGCUUAUGCCAAAGUCUGUGAGGACGCCGCUGCAGCUACGUAUAGCAUUAGCGAUGGCUCUGAAGACGCCCAGCGACGAGGCAGUACCUCGAGCAGCUGCACAAGUGUCGUGUUUGUAAGCUCCCGGUGGCUUCCCACCAUUGUUGAGGGCGAGAAUCUCAGCUGCAGUACAGUCGAGGAGGAAGACAGGAGCUGUGGCUACAGCCCUGGUGUUCAUCGUCAUCAGCAGCAGCUCUUUAUUCGGGGUAAUGUUGACGAGAUACUCCCCCAGAAAAACAGGCCGACUGCAGCGUCUCUGUCUACCCCUGCGCACGCCUCAGCCGGCGGACGGCACAUGAGCGUUCACGGCGUCCACGGCGAGCCACUCAGCGAUGUCAACAAGGAUCCUCUUAAACCUUCCUCUGUUGAGGCCACCGCCAAUGGGCGGGACCAAAGGGUGGUCACGUCGCCAUGGCUUCACGGAUAUUUCAAGGUUUCACGGGGAUUGACACCAUCCAGCCAACGUGCAGUAGGGAUGUAGACAGCUGUGCCGCCAACACCACGUGCGAUGGAGACAAGAGCAUUU